AUGACUUCGUCGGAUUCCCAGACCCAGAAAGGGCAGGGGAGCCGUGAGAUCCCAGAGGUCUUCAAUUCCCUUUUCCGCUUCAUCAUGGACUUUGACAAAAAGGCCGAGACCAUUCAUGACGACGACGAGGAGCCAUCGGAGAACAGGGGCGACGACGAGGAGCCAUCGGAGGCCCGGCAAUUGCUCCACAAUUUGCAAGUGAGAGUCAAGAAGCAGCUGCUCAAGGACGUGUUCUGCGAGAUCAUGGGGAACAUGCUGGACAAGCUCCUUGAGGACCGGACGGAAGAUUUUCUGGAGCGGUGUUUCGUUGAGCUGUUCCAAAAGUUUCCUUGCGAGUCGCGGAGAGCGAUUGAACCGCCGGGACCGGGGGGACCGCAGGGACCGCAGGGACCGGUGGCACCGCAGGGAUUGCCGGGACCGGCGGGACCGGUGGGACCAGAGGGACCAGAGGGACGGGAGGGACCGCGGGGACCGGAGGGACCGCGGGGACCGCAGGGACCGCAGGGACCGGUGGCACCGCAGGGAUUGCCGGGACCGGCGGGACCGGUGGGACCGGUGGAACCGCGGAGACGCAACAAGGUGAAACGUCCCCCCACCCACGGAAGUCCGCCGCCAGCUACUGGCUCUGGAACGCCGCCAGCUACUGGCUCUGGAACGCAGCAGGAUGAGAGGAAGGACGGCUCGGUGUCCGAAUAA